UGUUCCGAGGUCGGUAACUAAGUGUCAGUAGUCAGAGUCGACCCGAGUGGAGGAUCAGACCGAACGAGCACUAUGAUCGAGCAUCGGAGGAGCGUGACCCUAUUGGCCCUGCUGCCUUUUCUGCUCUCAGUCGAGGCGACUACCCUUUUGGGGGCGCCACCGUGCCCCGAUCCUCACGGAGUUUUCGCGUAUGCCCACCCAGAGAAUUGCAACGCCUUCUUCCUCUGCACGAACGGCACCCUGACCCUCGAGUACUGCGAGAACGGAUUACUUUUCGACGGGCAUGGCGCCGUGCACGAUCACUGCAACUAUCACUGGGCCGUCCAUUGCGGGGAUCGCAAGGCUGACCUGACACCAAUCAGCAGUCCUGGAUGCAAAUAUCAAUUCGGCCUUUACCCUGCGAGCGACGCCUGCAGCACCACCUAUAUCAGAUGCGCCCAUGGCCAUCCUAACGAGGAUCACUGCGACGCGGGAUUGGUCUACGACGCGAAGAGUCACAAUUGCGUCUGGCCCGAUCAACUGUUGCCCUACUGCAAUCCGGAGGAAAUAGUCGGCUUCAAGUGUCCUCACAAAGUGCCUUCCCACAGCGCUGCCGCCAAGUUCUGGCCCUACCCAAGAUUCCCCGUACCCGGAGAUUGUGGAAGAUUGAUCACCUGCGUCGACGGUAAUCCACGUUUACUUACCUGCGGUGAUGGAAAACUCUUCGAUUCCGUGAGCCUGAGCUGUCUGGACCCUGAUGAAUUGCCCCACUGUGCCAACAACAAUCUUUAAAUCACAUUCGUCGUCGAAUUCUGCAAAUUUUCUGGGAUCAUCGUUUCGCUCAUUAAUGUUAAAAAUAAUUAAGAGUAAUUUAAUUCUCUAUCAAUUUAAAAGGAAACAGGAUACAUAUUCCUUCUGAAUUAUUACUUUAAAUUUUGAUCAUUCAUUGUUGUAACCGUCCAAUUGAAACGAUUGUUCUUCCAUAACCGUGGAAAAUUAUUUUUCUAUAAUUUAUUCGCAAAAAUUUAUUCGUACGUUCUAAGUGAAAAAGUAUUGCUACAAAGAACAACGAUGUGUACAACGAGUAUUCGAAUAAAAAACGUUGUCGCGUGUACAAAAAAA